AACUGAUCCUACAUCAGCACUCCUACUCUGAUAGGCUUCAUGAAUACAGCCCCUGAUCUUAGAUCAGCACUCAUUAUGAAUACGGGUGAUGUUGUAUUCUCCACAGGGAAUCUGUUCACCUUCGGCAAUAAGUACCUGUUGGACACAUACUACUAUGCGAAACACGACCCAGCCUUCGUUCCGGCCUUCUCUGUGUCCGAAGAUGCAGCUGAUCUUCUGGUUAUGGACAUGCUGAAGAUGUGCUUUGGUGAGGGGGCCCAGUUCUGCAAAUAUGACACCCUGACCACCUGUAGUCUGGCUGUGGGCAACGCCACCCUGCAGUCCUUCCAAAGUCACAAGGCACUCAGGCAAGACCUGGAGUCUGGUAUGUCACUGAAAUUGACAUCUCUUUCAUUGUGAAAUGAAUGUUUAAAGAGUUAGAAUAUCUACUCAGUAACCCCAACACCUUAAACUAC